AUGAAGACCCAGAAGGCCGACCCCCCCGGGGGCCCGACGCCAAGCUCCCCCACCCCCCACCAACGGAUGUCUGGCUUCAGCCUGCGGGGACAAAAGAAGGAGGGCCUGAUCCGCGGCAAGCUGCGCAUUCGCUCCAUGCCAGGAGCCUUCCUGGUGCUGGGGGUCAUGGUGGUGUUGGUGGGCACGGCCCUGGCAGUGGCUGGGUACUGGCCCUACCGGACCCACCGUUCCCAGCUGCUAGGAGUUGGCCAACAAGGCUCUGGUUCUGUAGAUGGUGCAGGAGGAGGUGGAGGUGGAGGUGGGGGUGUCUCUGAGCCCCAGUCAUCCGGUUGGAGCCUGGGGGCUAAGAGCCUCCUGACCACGGCCAAUCUGAUCCACAGUGAGAGGAUGAAGCUCCUGGGACCGGUCAUCAUGGGUGUGGGGCUGUUCAUCCUCAUCUGUGCCAACACGGUGCUGUACGAGAACCGCGACAGGGAGACCCAGGUGCUGCUGGCCCAGAUGCGGAGCGUCAUCUGCUCGGUGUCGGCGGCCGUGCCCUCGGCCGACCUCUCAGACAUGGCAGCAGCCAACUCCAUGGCCAGACACUACCAGUGGGUGAGCAGUCUGCCCGCCGCCCACCUUAACAUCCUCUAUCUGCAGCAGCUGGCCAGCUUAGAGCCCCUGCUGCAGACGACCAGAGACAGCAGGCAGGAGGACAGGGCAGCUGACUGUACGUACCAGCAGGCCACCUUACAGACAGAGGCACUACACCACCAGGAGUCAGCCUCCACCCCUUCCCUCCACUCCUCCCACUCCAACUCCUGCAACUCCAGCAAGACUGACUUCAACACGCAGAGGGCCGGUGGUGCUGGUGAUCCAGGGGUAGGGGGCUUCAGCCCGGACCCCCAGCCUGCUCACCUCUUUAAGCUCAACAACUACCUGGUGUCAGCCAGCUCCAUGUCCUUGUCCACUCUGGGAGGGGAUGACUGGGAGAGGUCGGAGGUCACAGCCACGCUGCCCAGGCGCUCCCACAGUCUGAGCUACAGGACUAACCCCGGCCCCCACGGGCCCCACGGGCCCCAGACUGUAAUAUGUCUACAGGAAGGGGCCAUGCGACCCAGGGGACCUGGGGCAGACCCAGAGAUAGUGCGGGCCAAGCCCACGCGGAGGGAGCCCAGCUCAGACGCGUGUGUGAACAUGGUUGGGUGUGGAGGUGGAGGUGUGGAGCCCCCGGAGCUCACUCCCGUAGAGGAGCAGAGGCACCGCAGCUGGCCCCGGUUAGACCUGGGCUGUGCCCGCAGGUACCUGAAGCUGGACAAUAAGGAGGACUCGGUGGACAGACUGCUAGACCAGUUGGAGCAGCAGUGUUCUCAGUGGGAUAACAGUUUCGGCUCAGGGCCUUUUCAGUGAGAGCCAGUAAAGGCCCCAUAUCUCAACAUGGCCCCAUAUCAGGGCCCUCUGUUUAAAAAAAAAAAAAACAGCUUAUAGAGAAAGAUCCUCAUGGAUGCUGAUAUAUCGACUACCGGGAGUAGGAGCUUUUUCUGUUGGAUCAUAAUUGUGCACUAUUUUCACUGACUCUUGAAACCGAGAAGGGAGGCUAUAAAAGAAACUAUUCUAGUGAAAUUCAGUCUGUGUGACGCUGAAUUCCUCUCUCUUGGGAUACACAGUACAAUGAUGAGGAGCUUCCAAUCUAAAGAUACAAACCUUUUAGAAACCUUGUUUCUCGGACUUCCCAUGGCGUGGAUAUAUAAACACAAGCGUUGGAGGACUGCAGAUGAAUUGGUUCAGUUUGGCAGACAUCAUAUCUGAAGAGGGGAACAAUACACACAUUGUCAUUAGAUGAUUUGCCAGUCUGUUCACUGGGUGGCAGUUAGGCUUGGCACUUGGCAGCAAUGUGGAGGAAUCAAUUUGUCUUUCAUUGGCAAAGCGUUGCUUGUUUUCAGGACACCGCAAGCACAUCAUAAUGUGGGAGGUAGAAACACAUUCUAAUGAGCGACUGUCUUCACUUUGCAAUCAAUUUAAAAACCAACUACUCUGAUCCGGUGAGCGCCAUAUGUGCUACUGAUAACAGCUAGUGAAAUAAAAGAUAUGUCCCAGAGACCAAAACAGGUUCAUAAUAAAGAUGUAAUGUGUAAUCUACAUAGUUAUGCAGAAUAAUGGUUCAAUUGGCUGUGUGUCAGAAAAAGAGAUCGUUAAUGAUAGGUUGGUAACGCUUUAUUUAAAUGGCACGUACAUAAGGACUUCAUAACACAUUCAUAAACAGUACGUAAGCAUUUAUGAAGUAUUAUGUAUGGCUUAAGAAUGUGUAAUAAAUCCCUUUAUGUAGGUACCCUUUAACAACUAUGUUGUCCGUUUGCUGUAGUUCUAUUGGUUAUUUCCAAGACCCUAUUCCUUAUAUAGUGCACUACUUUUGACCAGCACUCAUGGUGUUCUGUAAAGGGCAGGGCUCUCCGACCCUGUUCCUGGAGAGCUACUGUCCUGUAGGUGUUAACUCCAACCCUGUUCCUGGAGAGCUACUGUCCUGUAGGUGUUAACUCCAACCCUAAUCUAGCACACCUGAUUCUAAUAAUUAGCUGGUUGAUAAACUGAAUCAGGUUUAUUACAACUGGGGUUGGAGCGAAAAACCUACAGCAGGGUAUCUCUCCAGGAACAGGGUUGGAGAGCCCUGGGAAUAUGGUGGUAUUUGUGACGCAGCCCCAGGUGAAUCAGCGGUGAGGAACCACACCCCCCCCCACCCUCCCACUUCCUCCUGUCUACCGUUCCAAAUGGCACCCUACUCCUUACGUCUGUAUAGGGAAUAGGGUGUGAUUUGGCCCUAGAGUUUACGAGGAGAGGUCAAGCCUUCCUCCAUCCAAUACAGGUGAGGGAAUGGAGGACAGACAAGUCAGUCUCAACACUGUCUCUCUCUGAUUUAGUGGAAUGAAAUGGUCAGUGUUUUUGCAUGCAGUUGGGGUGGGUGGGGCUACGUGAUUAAGACAUGUCUGGUUCCCUAGAGGACAAGACCACCCCCCCCCACCCCCCCACGCGCACACACACACACACACGCACACACGCUGGAUGAUGUGGAGAGAAGGCUCCACUGUGUUUGCAAUGCCACAGUCUCUCUCUCUCUCUCUCUCAAGUGUUGCCCGUAUUGUAUGGCAUGUCAGUGUGACAAUUGGUGUUCUAAAUGUACAGUAUUACCAAGCAAUAUCAGUAGGUCUGACAGAACAAUUAUUGUCUGUGUCUGGCCUGUAGACCCACAUACCAUGCCUGUGUUUCAAAUAUAAGGACAAGCAAAAAAACAAAAAAAAAAACAUCCUUGUGUUGUCGGUGGUUUCAUUUGUUCAAAUUUGGGGUAUGUAUGUGCCGUCAUUAUGUCUGUGGUCAACACUGAUGACCCUAUUCCUCACACUGAUGACCCUAUUCCUCACACUGAUGACCCUAUUCCUCACCAGACCAGGGGCUCCGCGUCUCAUUCUUCCUCACAGCUCUAGGAUGUCCGCCUGGGAUGUGAAGCGGCGAACCUCCCAGCGGUCACCAGGCCGGUCCCACAACUACACUACAGCCAAUCAGUAG